GCAACUCUUGAAAGCAGAAUUGCUACUACUAGAAAGUAAACAAGGUUGCUUCUGUGGGGUUUUUUCUCUGAUCUGAAGCUCCCCAUAGCUUCAGCUGUAAACGUUUUCUCGGUCAUUAUUAGCCGUCAGAAUUUCGACAACCCCCAACACUCCCUCUCUCUCUCUCUCUCUCUCACCCUCACCGAGCAGUGGCAGCUGCCUCCGCAUUUUCAGCCAUGACAAGAAGGCUAGAAGGGAAGGUAGCACUGAUAACCGGGGGAGCCAGCGGCAUUGGAGAAUGCACUGCGAAACUCUUCUCCCAGCACGGUGCCAAAGUUGCAAUCGCCGAUAUCAAAGACGAACUCGGCCACUCCCUCUCCGACGCCUUGGGUUCAUCUAAUAGUACCUACAUCCAUUGUGAUGUCACCAAUGAAGAUCACAUCAAAAAUGCCGUGGAUAAAACAGUAGCAACUUAUGGAAAAUUGGACAUCAUGUUCAAUAAUGCAGGAAUUGCUGAUCCCAACAAGGCCCAAAUCAUUGACAACGAAAAAUCAGACUUCGAAUGCGUCCUGAGGAUCAAUGUAACGGGGUUUUUCUUGGGAUGAAACAUGCUGCUAGAGUCAUGGUCCCUGCUCGAAGCGGAAGCAUAAUUUCCUCGGCCAGCUUAGCCUCAGGGAUUGGCGGUGCGGCAUCGCAUGCUUAUACUUGUUCAAACUUCAAAGCACGCUGUAGUUGGGCUGACCAGAAAUUUGGCGGUAGAGCUGGGCAAUUUGGGAUCAGAGUCAAUUGCUUUUCACCCUUUGCAUGCGCAACACCUCUAUCCACCAUAUUCGUGGGGCUUGAGGACGAAGCUUUUGAGAAUGCCAUGAAUUCGA